CUCCAGGAGCAGCUGCUCGGUGCGUAAUGACCUUUUGUCUCCCGGCGGUCAGGUGCGGAGCAGCGGGGGGGCGGAGAUUCACAGGGAGCCGCUGUUAAACCCGACUGGUCCCGCGACGUCCCGCACAACAAAUGUGCGUGAGAGAGUGAUGUAGGUUUUUGCCUUGUCUCUUCCCGGUGCACGGCCGCAGUUCGCCGCCGGCUCCAUGCUCCCAUAGCGGCUCCGAGAGGACGGAGAGACGCGCUCCUCUUCCCGGUUCGUCUUUAUUUCUCACAGAAGCAUGGGAGAGUCCUGCUGACACCACGGAGAGAUACACGCUGAGACCGAGUAUGGCCGUGGACGCGGCGUCCAGCUUCAGUUUUUGCCGUGCCUCCCUGGAGCACACGCUGUCUGCUGAGGAGCUGAGCUACCAGCUGCCGCGUCGCGCCGGAGGCAGCAACCUGACCUGGCACGACGGCCGCGGCCAGAAGACGGCACACACACGCACCGUCAAGCUACUGCAGCAGCCCGGCACAGAGGGCAUCCAGCUGCGUCCGGGUGAAGCCUUCACUGUGUAUCACACCAGUCCGACACUCUCCAGUCUGUCCAAACCUGUGGUGCUGUGGACUCAGCAGGACGUCUGCAAGUGGCUUAAGAAACACUGUCCUCACAACUACCUAACCUACGUCGAGGCCUUCUCUCAUCACGCCAUCACAGGACGGGCUUUGCUGCGCUUGAACGGGGAGAAGCUGGAGAGGAUGGGGAUCGUGCAGGAGACGCUGAGGCAGGAGGUCCUCCAACAAGUCCUCCAGCUGCAGGUCAGAGAAGAGGUCCGCAACCUGCAGCUCCUGAGCAGAACCUCCUUUGGAAACUUCUCUUAGCUCAUCCCUGGAUCCAUUUGGCAGCCCACUCCCCCAUCCCAUGUCACAGUAGGAGCCAUGGAAGAGCUGCCGUUUUCAGAUAUGUGGGCGGAGAAUCAAUGAGUGAGCGGGG